UUUUGGAAAUGGAAAAGACCAAUAGCUACAAACAGUAAUCUUUCACAGAGAGAGAGAGAGAGAGAAAGAGAGAGAGUACCAUGGCAGCUCGCAAGAGAGCUUCGGCAGACGCAUCGACAGAACCCAAACCCCAAGAGAAACCGAAAUCCCAAGACCCCACGCCAGCCGAGCCUCCCACUGCGCCACUAAAGGUGAAGUCCGGCUUCAUUGUGAAACUCUCGCUCUUACUAUUGGGUCCAUACUUGUACCUCAUCUUCCACCACUACAAGAUCGACCAGGACCUAAAGAGGCCGAUUCUCAUAAAUGCGGGGCUCAGCAUCGUGGGAUUCUUCGUCACUCUUAAGUUGAUCCCCGUGGCUUCCAGAUACGUCAUCAGGCGCAAUCUCUUUGGCUACGAUAUCAACAAGAAGGGUACCCCUGGAGGCACUCUCAGAGUGCCUGAGUCGUUGGGUAUUGUUGUUGGGAUUGUUUUCUUGGUCUUGGCCAUCUUAUUUCAGUAUUUUAACUUCACAUCAGAUUCAAACUGGCUUGUUGAGUACAAUGCGGCUUUGGCAUCCAUCUGCUUCAUGACAUUACUUGGAUUUGUUGAUGAUGUCCUUGAUACCCCUUGGAGAGUGAAAUUACUACUGCCAUCAUUUGCUGCUCUUCCUUUGUUGAUGGCCUAUGCUGGGCAUACAACAAUUAUUAUACCAAAACCUCUUAUUCCAUAUGUUGGACUAGAGAUUCUUGAUCUAGGAUGGAUAUAUAAACUAUAUAUGGGGCUUUUGGCAGUUUUCUGCACAAACUCUAUAAAUAUCCAUGCUGGUUUGAAUGGACUUGAAGUUGGACAAACUGUUGUCAUUGCAUCUGCUAUUAUGAUACACAAUAUCAUGCAAAUUGGAGCAUCCACAGAUCCUGAGCAAAAGCAGGCCCAUGCAUUCUCAAUUUAUUUAGUUCAACCGUUACUUGCGACAUCAUUGGCUUUACUUUCUUUUAACUGGUACCCUUCUUCAGUUUUUGUUGGAGAUACCUACACCUAUUUUGCUGGGAUGACUAUGGCUGUAGUCGGGAUUUUAGGCCAUUUUAGUGAAACACUCCUGAUUUUCUUUGCUCCUCAAGUUUUGAACUUCCUCUUAUCACUCCCCCAGCUUUCUGGGUUCGUUCCAUGUCCACGGCAUCGCCUGCCUAGGUUCGAUUCUAAGAGUGGACUACUGACUGGGACAAACGAUGGGACACUUGUUAAUUUCACUUUGAGAAUACUUGGAAGGAUGUCCGAAAAGUCACUUUGCACCGUUCUUCUUGUUUUCCAGGCCAUUGCAUGCUGCCUCUGUUUCGUGCUGAGGUAUUUCCUCGCCGGUUGGUACAAAUGAGGUGGCAACAUCAAAGAAAUGAUCUUCUGGUUAUAUUAGUUUUCAUCUGGGAAUUUUGCUUACUUGCUAGGGUAUGUUGCAGAUAUGACCCUCUGUUGUUGAGAGUGAUUAAAAUACCAAAAUUACUGGAGUAAGUCUUUCACCCGAAACACAAAUCCCUAGCAGUUUUGACAUUUUUGGAGAUCAUGCUGAAUGACAUUAUACUUGUGAGAUUAAUUUACAGUUAUUUUUAUAUCGUGGUCCUUCAAGAGGAGAGGACAAAUUGACUGAAUUUUUCUUGCUGGAAAGUGACGACAGUUAAAGACCAUGUUACUGUUGACAUUUCUGUUGUUUCACUAACACACUUUUGUUAUAUGAUUAUUGAUGAUUACUUCA